AUGAUUGUAUACAGCUGGCUCCAGGAAGUCUCCUAUGAUGGAAAAAGCAAGUACUGGAAUCCAAGGAGAUUCUUCCAGAAGGCAGCACUGAACGUGCGAGACAAUGUUGGGGAAGAGGUGGACACAGAGCAGCUGAUCCAGGAAGCCUGUCGGAGCUGCCUGGAGCAGGCUAAACUGCUAUUUUCAGAUGGAGAAAAAGUAAUACCCAGAUUGACCCAUGAGCUUCCAGGAAUAAAGCGUGGCCGGCAGGCAGAAGAAGAAUGUGCCCAUCGAGGAAGCCCCCUUCCUAAAAAGAGGAAAGGACGGCCUCCUGGACACAUCCUGUCAAGCGACCGGGCAGCCGCCGGCAUGGUAUGGAAACCAAAAUCCUGUGAACCAAUUCGCCGGGAAGGCCCUAAGUGGGACCCAGCUCGCCUGAAUGAAUCUACCACCUUUGUGUUGGGAUCUCGAGCCAACAAGGCGCUGGGGAUGGGGGGCACCAGAGGAAGGAUCUACAUCAAGCACCCACACCUCUUUAAGUAUGCAGCUGACCCCCAGGACAAGCACUGGCUGGCUGAGCAGCAUCACAUGCGGGCAACAGGGGGCAAGAUGGCCUACCUCCUCAUCGAGGAGGACAUCCGGGACCUUGCGGCCAGUGAUGACUACAGAGGAUGCCUGGAUCUGAAGCUAGAAGAAUUGAAAUCCUUUGUCCUACCCUCCUGGAUGGUGGAGAAGAUGAGAAAGUAUAUGGAGACACUACGGACAGAGAAUGAGCAUCGUGCUGUUGAAGCACCUCCACAGACCUGAGGCCAGGUCCCCUGGCCACACUUGGCAGCCUUCCUCCAAAGCCCUCUUCACACGGCUGAGGCCACCGCUGGGACUGCUCCUAGAUGGAUCUCAGCGGCAUUAAGCUGUGCCUGAGCGAGUUUGUAGUGACUCACUGCACAGCACCCCCAGACUGGCAUGUGGUUCUAUAUUUGUAAAGUUAUUGGGAUAAGAAACAAUUAAACAGUUUGUAAUUAACACAGA